AUGGCUCCAAAAAAAUGGGGAGCAGGACUUUUAAGUGUUUUACCCAAAGUUUGGGAAUACAUUGAGAAGGUUGGUCGUGAUGUAGAAGAAAACAAGAAAUCUUGGGGCUACUUUAAAAUAGUUGGGAGUCAUAUCUUGAACUACGGGAUUAAUGAAUGGAACCAUUAUGCAGGUUGGGGUGGGUCCAGUGGUCAUGAUGCACCAAUGAUUGCUUACGAUGCUUUGAUGAUGGCAAAAGAUUCCUGGUUUCAAUUGUGUUCUUGUUCUAUGUUUCAUGGUGGAGAUAGUGACACAGGAAUAUUGGCUGCAGCAUGGUGGGGUGGUAUGUAUGGUAUGAAAGGUGUACCCCUUGGAAAUUAUAGGAACCUGGAAUAUGGUCAUAGGCUUAUGGAGCUGGGUAAAAAAUUACUGAAUGUAUCAAAGAAUAUGAACAACUAA